AUGGCUUCCGCACCAGCAGCACAUAUCAAAUCUCUCGAUCACCUCGUCCUAACAGUUGCCUCUAUACCCCGCAGCACCCAAUGGUAUAAGACGAACCUGGGGAUGCAGUCGGAACAGUUUGUCUCAAGUGCUACACCAGAUAUAACGCGCCAUUCUUUGGUCUUUGGUUCACAGAAAAUAAAUCUACAUGAGCUUGGAAAGGAAUUUGAACCCAAAGCUCAGAAUGUAAAAGAUGGAAGUGCAGAUUUAUGUUUUCUGACGGAUGAUGACGUGAAAGAUGUUCGUAGACGUCUAAUAGAUGCUGGUGUGGAAAUGGUAGAUUUGAGUCCCGAGAAGACCGACGAGGGAAUUGUGAAUCGCACAGGUGCCCGAGGCAAGCUGAGAAGUGUUUACUGUAGAGACCCAGACGGGAAUUUGAUCGAGUAA